UCGGGAGUACAUUACCAACGUUGAUUAGGUGAGCUGGCUGGAGGGUUUCUCAAAACAAUAAUGUCCACGAAAGCCUAUGGUACAAUUCCUGAUUUAAUAAGCAGUAGCGUGUCCUUAGACUUAGAUGCUGGUGAUAAUGGAGGAACCAAAUUCUACACCAGUGGAACCAUAUAUCCACUAGCCCCACAGCGAUCCUUUCUGAGGACAGCAAUGGUAGAACUUCAAAAUGUGAUGAGGAUAAAAGCUUCAAGGAAAAUUCUGCUGGUGCUGGGGUUGAAUGUGCUGGGAUCUCUGCUUCUGUUGAUAUGGUGUCAUGGAUCUGACAGUAUGGCUCUCACUGCCUACACCUACUUAACACUUUAUGACAUAUUCACAAUUUUGAUAUGUCUCCUGAGCAUUUGGGUCCAGAUGCAGAAACCAACGCCAGCAUACUCUUUUGGAUAUGGGAGAUUUGAAGUGUUAGCAGUGUUUGCCUCUACAAUGUUAGCCCAACUUGGAGCCCUGUUUGUCAUCAAAGAAAGCAUAGAAAGACUGAUCCAACAGCCUGACAUCCACCUGGGACGACUAUUGGUGGGAACAGUGUUUGCAUUCACUUUGCACAUGUUUGUAGCCUACAGUGUAAACAACCGUGCGAUGAACCAUGUGAUUGAUGCUUCCAGCUCCAGCUGGUUACAGGAACACAUGACUGAUAUGAGUGAAAGUUUGUGUCAUGUUGUCCCAGGUCUCAGUAAGCUGUUGUUACCAAGAAUCAAUCCCCUUGCCCUCAUUGGGUUUACAGGUGGCCUAGCGAUUUGUAUAACUUACAUCCUCAUAGACACCAAGAUGUACUACUCAGCAGAUACGUGGGCUGCCAUAUCAAUAGCUGUCAUGAUCUGUGGCACCAUGUUCCCAAUGAGUGCUUACACUGGCAAAAUACUACUACAGACAUCUCCAGCUCACAUUCUUGGACAGUUGGACAAACUUCUUCGGGAAGCUUCCACUUUGGAUGGUGUACUAGAGUUCCGACAUGAACACUUUUGGACCCUGUCCUUCGGCUGUCUAGCUGGAUCAGUUCAAGUACGUGUCCGUCGCGAUGCUGAUGAACAGAUGGUGCUGGCACAUGUAUACAACCGACUCUCAAACCUUGUGAAUCAUCUGACUGUCCAGAUAUUUAAGGAUGAUUGGACUCGGUCCAGCUACAACAUGCUAAGUAGCCAAGGAUUCCCAUCAAGUUUCUCCUCCUCAUCUAUGGGGCAGCCCCGGGGUCCAUCACCUGCUGUGGAUGCUUUUCAUACUUCAGGGAAGUUACCUUCCUCGCCGCUGUCUGUUUCAUCGUUUGACACUACAAGUCAAGGUCAUUCUCACGAUAACAUUGGUCACUCCCAUGGUAGUGGUCACUCGCACAGUAGCGGUCAUUCCCAUGAGUUCAGUAGCUCUACCCCCUUUAGGGGAGGUAACUUUGCACCAUCCAGUGGACAGUUCUCCAUUAAUUCACCAUCUUAUGGCUCUCACCAUAGUCUUCAUUGAUUAAAAGUAAUUCAGAAAAAAUCAUCAGUUCCUUUGUAAAAUAACAUUAUAUAAGGAAAAAGUCAGUUUACUGUUAUUACCAAGGAAGAUUAAUGAGAUCUGGCUGGAUCCUAUCUCUAUAGGAGUGUUUUAAUAGUGGUGAAAUGGUUCAUUUCAAUUUGAAUAUUGAAAAAAUGGAUGUUGUGAUGAAUGAUUUAGUAAAUAUGAGAGAAUAGAUGAGUAUCAUGGAAUCGCUAAAUAUGUGUCAUCAUGAGUAAAUUACCAAAGGAGGGGAAAGUUGACCGCAAGUAAGUGAUCGGCAUGUUGGUAAAAAUGGUAUGUUCUAGUAUAUGCUGUUUCAAACUUGUUAGGAUGAUCAUGAACAAAAUGUGAUAUUUAUUUAUGUUUUAAUGUGUAUGUAAAUUUAUUAUAUUUCCUGAUAGACAUUCACAAAUAAA